GCACGACUAAAAGGUGGGGUCUAAACUUGGACAUGGAAGCGAGCGCGCUAUGGCCCAAAGAGGAGAAGGAUUGAGCUAGAGCUGCGUCGAAUGUCACCGUGCCUUCGAGCCACGAUACUGUCUCCGAGAAGUAGCGUCCUGUUCCCAGCCCUACCAACGGUGUCCACUCCCAUUUGUCCUCGUUUAGUGGUACGCCAGACCACGCUCUAAUUGCGGCUCGGAGCCCGCGUUGCUACAGCCUCAUCUCGUCGAGCGCACCUGAUCCGGGGACAAGUCCGUCAGCAUUGUACGCUCCCAUCUGGCAUCUGUCUCCUGAUUGACGACAUCGCCAACCCGCCAGUAUGGCGCUCAAAGGUCUAUUCGUGGCCGUGAAUGCCUCGAAUGGAAUCAUAAGAGCACUCUUUCUGCCAAUAUGGUACGCCCUGCUACUCAGUCCAUUCACCUUGGCGAUAGCCUACUACUACGGACUCGGCCAGAAACUACAAGAUUCCGUGGGUGAGGACUUCUCUUGGUUUGAUAUCCUGCCACAGUUUACAAUUUUUACUGUCUUUGUGCUUCUUCCUACCCGGCUGUUGUCAGGCUCGGGAAGCGUAGACAAGAGCAAGGAUGGCGGGAAGAGCAGGGUACAAUCGCUGCCAUAUUGGAUCCCGGGGAUUCGACACCUCGGCAGUGUGGUCUCUGGUCAAGAAGAAUGGUUGAAGGAAGUCCGAGAUACAUCUGUGCACGGCAUCAUCUCGUAUCGAGCAGCAGGUGCAAAGCAUGUUGUCAUCCUGACAGCGGCUCUGUUGGAAGAGUUCCAUAAGAAACGCACCAGCUUCGUAGAGCACAGUGCUUCCAGGUGGGCAGUACUCCGCAAUGCGUACGGGAUGCCCAAAGGCUUCGAGAGCGGCUACACGGAGCUGCAACCGAAGAUGAACGAGAUUGUCGACACAGAAAUAUUCCGCUUGAAGGCUAUGGAGAACUUGGUCGCCGCAUCGUGCAUCCUCUCAGACACUCUGCCAGACUUGAUCACCUUCAACUCGUCCAUUGUCGACCAGAUGCAAUGGGAACGAGUCGCCAAUAUCGAGCUGACAGACGGGACUUCAGAAGCGGAGUGUGAUCUCUUCACUCUGAUCAACGACUUCUGCUGCAGUGCUAUAGUUGGACCCAUCACUGGAUCCCACUUUGCCGAGUCAUACCAGCUGCUGGCCUCUGAUCUAGCGGACAUCAACAGGCACUACUACGCACUUUCUCUUGGAAUCCCACGACUGUCGCCAGUCCCAGGUCUUCCCACAGCCGAACUGGCCAAGAAGAGACUUCUCCAGAACUUUAGCGGGCUUCUCACGGAGCUCACGCACCCCCAGGUCCGACGAGUACCAGACGACGAUGAGAGCGUGAGCGAAGAAGAAACGGAUGCUGACACAUCGACCCCUCUUGCGACUCUCAAUGCAUUCUUCACAAAACACGACGUCCCUAUCCCAGCGCGAGCGUCUCUCGUCCUCGACCUGAUCCACAGCAUCGUUGCAGAAGUCGUUCCACUUGUCUUCUGGACAUUGACCAACGUUUACGCUUCUUCGUCCUGGCCGCUUGUUCAGGGCGACGAAGACACCCCUUUUUCAAAAAUCAAAGAGGAGACCAGGUCGUGGGCGCAAGCCAUCCAGCCCCCAUCGAUACAUCCCUUAUUCCCCGCGCCACCAGAGAUCUCAUUCACAUCGUCUGCCCACUUCCGCAGCCCAACGCCCUUCCCACACCUCCACUCCAGCAUCAACGAAGCCCGCCGCCUCUACAGCUCAUCAGCCACUCUAUACACCACCAGCACCCCCCUCGUCCUCGACGAAAAGAGUCUGCGCCCCGGCGAACAGGAGCAGUGGGAGCUCGACGCAGGCUCGUACGUCGACGUCGGCCUCUCACGCACCCUCAUCAACACCUCGCCCGCCGCAUUCCCGUCCCCCGCCACCUUCAAAGCCGACCGCUUCGUGACCGCCGCGCCGGGGCCGUCCAUCGCCGUCCCCACCGACGCCGCACAGCAGUACAAAAACGCCCUGCUGGCCGCCAUCAUCGCGGGCAUCGUCCAGCUGUGGGAGAUCAGCCCGGCGCCCAAGAAGUCGUUCAUGGAGCAGAUGAUCGAGGUGCGCGACGAGGUGCACGCUGGCGCUGCGUCGCUCGAUGGUAAUGGGAAGGCGAAUCGGAGUAAUAGCCGCGUGGCGAAGGAUGGGGAGGAGAAGAAGGCGGGUGUGUGGGUGCUGCCCAGGGCGGUGGAUGCGGUGAGUGUGAAGGUGCCGAAGGGUGAUAUCAGGGUGCGGAUCCGGAGGAGGGAGGACCUGCCGGCUCCGAAGGUGCCGAGGAAGAGAUAGGCGGCGUCGUCUCUGUGAUUGUAUGCCGGAAGAGAAUCUGCGCGGCGAGUGCGUGCUGAUACAUGGUGGGAUUGUACAUGGUCACCUCGCAGCAUAAAUCACCUUGCAUCGUUCUGGCAUUUCUGGAGCUUAUGCAUAUAUUUGCAUUGAAUUGGUCCGAUCUAGCGGUAGAAGAAGUUAUAGAUAGGAAUGAAGUGAAUCAAGUAGUCCCUGAGAAGCGAAGCA